CGGCGUGCAUUCGGAUUCAAUAUGGCGGACGAACAACUGCUAUUGGACGGCAAACCGCUGAACCAACUGCGCGUUGUGGACCUCAAGGCUGCCCUCGAGAAGCGAGGACUGUCCAAAAGCGGUUCAAAGAACGAACUUGUCAAGAGGCUCAAGCAGGUUUGGUCCUCACACCUUUGUUUUACCUCAGGGAGCGACGCUGGCGAGUUUUCCGGCGCAGUUUUUGCGGGGUUUGGAGCGGGGCGUUGUGUCGAGGAAGAUGAAGCUCUUGCCGAUGUUGAAGCGUUGAUGUUUGAAAACCUCCAGAAGAAAGCAGUCAAGGAAGAAGGUGUUCAGCCAAAUUUUGCUAUUGCUGAGGAUGAGAAGACAGGAGCCAAUGAGUUUAUCCAGCAGUACAUGAAAGAACAACAAGAGCUGCUGAGGAGACAACUGGAGGAGAAACGAAGGCAACAACAGGACCAAGGUACAGCCUCUACUGCAGCAGGCCGCCCUCCCCAAGGGGAACCAGCUAUAGGGAAGAAGGUAGAAGAAGUAGCAGCCAAGGAGACAGAGGAGGAGGAGAGGACCAAACUGCCUCCACAGGUGGAAGAACAACCACCACCUGUGCUGCAGCCACACUCAGAACAGGCCCCCCAGGUGGCACCGGUACCCUCCCCCCCUCGGCUGGAGCAGCAGAAGAGACAGGAACCCCCUCCGGAGGAACCCCCUACAAAACACCCCAGGUUACAGAGAUCCAAGCCAGAAGUUGAGAAAGAAGAAGACAAAGCCCCAGAACCAGAGCUGCCCCCCCAGCCACAUAAGGAAAAAGCAGAGGUUGCCGAGGUAGAACCCCUCCCUCAAACUGUCUCCCAACAGCAGGAAAUACCCCCUGAGGAGACUCCCCCAGAAGCAGUAGCCGAGCCCCCUCAGCCCUUGCCAGGACCCCCCUCGGAACCCCAGGAGGUAGUGGUCGAUCCUCCGCAACAAGAAGAGCCUAACCCUCCAGAAGAAGUUGAGGUUGACCCCCCUAAAGAGGUCAAAGUUGACCCUCCAGAAGUAAUAGAAGUUGAUCCUCCAGAAGAAGUCAAAGUUGACCCUCCAGAAGAAGUCAAAGUUGACCCUCCAGAAGAAAUAGAGGUUGACCCUCCAGAAGAAGUUAAAGUUGACCCUCCAGAAGAGGUCAAAGUUGACCCUCCAGAAGAGGUCAAGGUUGACAUCUCACAGGAGAUACCAGUUGACCCCCCAGAAGAGCCUCCUGAGUUGAGCUACAGUCCAGAAGAGCCCACAGCUGAAGAGGUUGAGCCUGACCAACCAGAAGGCACAGAAGCUAAACAGGUUAUCGGUAGCCAAUCAGAAAAGCAAGAGGAAGAAGAGGAGUCUGUUGAACAGCAGAAACAGCCUCCAGAAGAGAAACGGCAAGAAGAGGCUGCUGAUCCAAUGAUCGAGGACCCUCCCUCUGGAAAAGAGUCAGAGAGAGAGGACGAGACCAAAGUGCAGCCUGAACCAGAAGCUUCCCCACAGAAGUCCAAAGACAUGAAGGACACAACGGCAACGAGUGACGACCCGCCACCCCGUAAGGCUAAGAAGGCGCUAGCGGCAAAGAACAGCCGACGCAGGAAGGAUAGCUCGAGUAGUCAGUCCAGCUCCUCAAGCUCCCAGUCCAGAUCUCGAUCCAGAUCUAACUCCAGCUCCAGCAGUAGUUCCUCAGAAGAGGAGGAGAGACGGCCCCCCAGGAAGUCUGCUGUGUCAGCUGUCGCCAAGAAGCCGGAGCCUGUGAAGAAGGCCAACAAGAAGCCGGUCCAGGAGAGCCCGAAGAGCGAGCGCGAGGACGGGAAGGACGAGAGCUACCACACCGCGCCAGAGAUCUCCUUCACUGAGGAGAAGAUAGAUGUACAACAAGAGGAAACUAAGGAGGAACCGAAAAAGCCUGCCGACACCGAAGUUGCCAUGGAAACAGAAGAGGCCCCGCCCGAGCCCGCGGGAAACAAAGAGGAAGCAGACAAAGAGACAGGUGGAGGUGACAACAACGUUGAGAAACCGGAGAUUCAGCCCGUGGUGUUCAAGAGCAGGAAGAUAUCCAUUGCCUCACGGAAGCACUCGACAGAGGGCGCUCCUGAACAGCAGCCGGCUCAGCCUGGAGGGCGGAAGCGUCGCUGGGGCUCCAGCAGUACAUCUGGUACCGUGAAGAGAACCAUCAACAUCAGCUCACAGUCACUCAAGGAGGUCUUGCCUGAGAUCAAGCCCUCAGUGCUGAAGGAGGCAGUAGUGGACCUGGGGACAGAUGAAGGGCCAAUCAGCGAUGAUGAACCCCCCCUCAACACAGAACCUGAGGAGAUCCAGGCCGACAAACGGGAGAUCAAAAUCCGCAGGACUGUCACUCAGGAGGAACCCAUGCAGGAUAAGAGAGAGAUUAAGAUAUGCCGAACUGUGACACAGGUGGUGAAGACCCCCCCUCCUGAGGAGAAGGAGAAUGGUGAGGGGGAGGCGGAGCAGCAGGAGGUUGCCAUGGAGACAGAUCAGAACCAACAGGAGGAGAGGAAAGUCGUCCCAAGUGAAGAAGUGGUGCGUAAGGCGGUGUCCAGACAGUCGUCCCUGGUGGUGGACGAGCCCGUAGAGCCGAACCGUUCACCCUCGCCCGCCCGCCGCCCCGUGAGUCAGAUCGUGCACAUCCUACACCUGGUGCGCCCGUUCACCCUCGGACAGCUGAAGGAACUACUGGGGCGUACGGGAACCAUCGCGGAGGACAAGGGCUUCUGGAUCGACAAGAUCAAGUCCCACUGUUACGUCAAGUACGAGACUGAAGACGAGGCAGUGAAGACCCGUCAGGCCCUCCAUGGGGUGCGCUGGCCCUCCUCCAACCCCAAAACACUUCUGGUGGACUUCGCAGACCAGGAUGAGCUGGACCUCCACCUGGGUGUGGUUCAGGAGAAGCGUGAGGUGCUGAAACCCGAGCCGGCGUGGGACGAGCGCCGCCGGGACAGACGCGCGUCCGAGCGCGAGAAAGACAUCCGAGAGGAGCGGGCGGAACACGAGAGGGAGAGAGAACACAGAGCCAGAGAGCGUGAGUGGGACAGAGGGAAGGAGAGAGACAGGGAGGCCUCCAGAGAGAGGGAGCGAGAGAGAGAACGGGAGAGAGAGAGGGAGAGGAAGAGGAGGGACAGAGAGAAGAGGGAAGGUCCAGAGAAGAAGAAAGAGAAAGAACCAGACGAGGCCCCUGCCAAGCUGUUGGACGACCUGUUCAGGAAGACCAAGGCUGUCCCCUGUAUUUAUUGGUUACCGCUCACUGAUGAGCAGGUACUCGAACGCAUCGCUUCUAAGGCAAAGGAAGAGGAGGACAGGGAGCGAGCUCGCGAGGAACGCCGCGAAAGGCUACGCAAGGAGCGCGAAGAACGGGAGGAGCAGGAACGCAAGGAGCGCGAGAAACGGCGGGAGGAACGCCGCAAACGUGAGGAAGAGCGGAGCCGAGAUCGUGAGCGCGAGAGGAAGCGUAGUCGGAGCGCUAGCCGCAGUCGCAGUAGAAGCCGGUCUCGGAGGAAGCAUUAGGGUUUUCGAGAUGUGCAAAAAAACAUGCUCUAAUGACUCGAUACAGCCUAGGAAAUAAACAGUUGUAAGAUACUCAACCUUUUCAUAGCCUCCAUGAUAGCAAAUACCACAGUGUUGAUGAUGAUGUAAGCAUGUUGUCUAUGGUAUGUACCAACUAUGAUUCCAGAAGACAUUGAGUAGAAUGUUUCUCUCUCUCCUUGGCCUAGUGACUGCUAAGUAUUAAUUUUUUUUAUUAAGUUUUGCUGUAAGUAUGUAUGUUAAUUUGUCACAGAAAUUCUCUAGUUUUUGUAACACAUAAUGAACAUGUCAUUCCUACUGUAAUAUUUUCUCAACCUUAUGUUGUUUGUAGAUGUAUUGAAUGAGUGUGAGCAGGGGUCUUACCAGGGUUUUUUCACAGUGUAGUGCAGUGAAGCAAUGUAGCAAGCUGCACAGGUGAGAGCAUUGUAAGGGGUAUCCGUGGGCAUCAUUCCCCUGAAGAUUUUAUAUUUAGAAAUGUCAGAAACACUAUUUCCUGCAUUUUGAGGGGCAAAUUUUAUGAAUCAUAGCCAUUUUUUUUACCUUUGUUACAAAAUAAUAGAAAAGCCGGAUAUGAGGUUGUAACACAGCAUAGGACCCAAUAUCACAGCAUAGGGGAUCCAAAUCACAGCAUAGAGGCCCCUUAUGCUUAACUGCACUGGCGAGAACCCUGGUGAGAGAGUGAGGGUGGUUGGUUUUUAAGUUUGAAACCUGUACAUAAUUUUGUUGGAAACUGUAGCGCCACUUUUCUACCGUCGUACUGUUGAGAAGUAUCUUUGACUGUGACUAUUCCAAUACUUUGUGAAGAGCUGUUUGAAUUAUAGCCAUCUAAUGUGGACUAAGUCUGUUAGAACUGACCAUGCAAAAUGGUGGGAAAUCAUAACAAGUCGACAACAAAAGAUGUUGUCAGAUUGUUGUGCUUGGACCCUUGUAAUCUUGUUUUUAUUUUCAACUGCAGCUCAUAAUAUAAUACAGAAAAUCACCAGCAAAAAUGAGCGCACAUGUAAUAGCAUACAAACCAUGUACUCAUCUAUUGUAAAAAUUGAUGUUCCUAAAAUCAUUGCCAGGACUGGCUGAAAAUUAGACUCUUAACAGGCUUGAGAUUUGAAAUCCAAUCUCGCAGUUUUUUUUAGAAUCUGCAAAUGCAUAUACUUGUCUUCCUCUACCAUUAAAGAUAUUGAGAGGACAUUUUUUUCAUGUAUCAAAUAGUAGCAAACAUUUGCCACCGUAUUACUCACAAGUGCAGCAUCGUUUUGAUAUAAUUAUGCAAAGUAGUCUUUCUAUUAUAAUUCGUGAUCGGUUUCAGAAUUAUUGUGUUCAUGUUACUUAUUAGGGUUGAAGGCAGCAGCUUAAUGUUUUUAAUUGCACUUUAGAUUUUGAAAUUGACUGACUUGUAUAUGAUGUCAUUAUGGUGAUUUCUUUCUAAGUAUAAAUCUGAUAGUGAUAUUUACAGAGAUGAUGUCGAUGAGAAAGGUGAAUAAAGGUCAUUUGUUUUGUA